UAUUUUCUUGGGUAUUUUCAGAAUCAAUUCUCAGAUCAAAAUGGCCGAGACCGAUGUUAACGAAGAUCUUUUGGACUACGAAGAGGAGGAGGCAGCAGAGGCCGGCGGAGAUGCUGGUAAGGAUGCCGUGAAGACCAAGAAGGAAGGAGUGAAAGGAAACUAUGUUUCUAUUCACAGCUCAGGAUUCAGAGAUUUCCUCUUGAAGCCUGAGAUACUCCGCGCCAUUGGAGACUGUGGUUUCGAGCAUCCUUCAGAGGUCCAACACGAGUGUAUUCCCCAGGCUGUGUUGGGUAUGGAUAUCCUAUGCCAGGCCAAGUCUGGGAUGGGAAAGACAGCUGUGUUUGUUCUUGCAACUCUUCAACAGCUGGAGCCAGUAGAUGGGCAGGUUUCUGUUCUUGUAAUGUGUCACACCAGGGAGCUGGCUUUCCAGAUCAGUAAGGAGUACGAGAGGUUCAGCAAGUUCCUCGCUGGUGUCAAGGUUGGAGUUUUCUUCGGAGGUCUCCCUAUUGCUAAAGAUGAACUUGUUCUCAAGAAUAAUUGUCCUCACAUUGUUGUCGGAACCCCUGGCAGAAUCCUUGCGCUGACCCGUGGUAAGAAGCUGAACCUCAAGAACUUGAAACAUUUUGUUCUGGACGAGUGCGAUAAAAUGCUCGCAGAGCUUGACAUGAGGCGGGAUGUUCAGGAAAUUUUCCGAUCCACUCCUCACGAGAAGCAGGUCAUGAUGUUCUCCGCCACCCUCAGCAAGGACGUGAGACCCGUCUGUAAGAAGUUUAUGCAGGAUCCUAUGGAGGUGUAUAUUGAUGACGAAGCUAAGCUGACCCUGCACGGUCUGCAGCAGCACUACGUCAAGCUGAAGGACAGUGAGAAGAACAGAAGACUGUUCGAACUCCUGGAUGUUCUAGAAUUCAACCAGGUUGUUAUAUUUGUGAAGAGUGUUCAACGUUGUGUAGCUCUAUCCCAACUACUGGUGGAACAGAACUUCCCUACCAUUGCUAUUCACAGAGGAAUGAGCCAGGAGGAGAGACUAUCAAGAUAUCAGCAGUUCAAGGAUUUCCAGAAGCGUAUCCUGGUAGCGACCAACCUGUUCGGCCGAGGAAUGGACAUUGAGCGUGUGAACAUCGUGUUCAAUUACGACAUGCCGGAGGACACCGACACCUACCUUCACAGGGUUGCCAGGGCAGGAAGGUUCGGUACCAAGGGUUUGGCUAUCACCAUGGUGUCCGACGAGGCCGAUGCAAAGACCCUGAACGAGGUCCAGGAGAGGUUCGAGGUUGACAUCACCGAACUACCGGAGGAGAUCGAUCUAUCCACCUAUAUCGAGGGGCGUUAGACACAAAGCCUCCCUCCUUCCCCCCUAGCUAUUUACAGUUUUUGUACGAUUUAAACUUUGAAAAUUUUAAACUCCAACCGAAGUAUUUUUUAUUAAUAGAACCAUUUUGAAUGUUCAUCAUGAUAAAUGCUUUUAGGAAAUACUAAUACUUUCGUUUUUAACAUUUUGAGAACUAGUUCUUUGUAAACUUUUAUAAAUCGUUCUAAGCCGUGCUUAGCCCCUGCCCCGAACUAUAAAGUAUUUUACACUGUAUUCUUCUAUCGUAUACUUUGUAAUGAAAAACAGGAUUAUUUUUGUUGCAUUUUUUAAUCUGUAAUUUUGUCGUGUUCUGUUUGAAAACUCCUUGUAAUUAAAUUUUGAAAAAAAAAUGUUUUGUUUAUUUGUCCCCCCUAG